CAACCGACUGCAGUGUGCGGCUCUGGGAGGGAUGGGGAGCGACUGCCGUUCACUACUCGCCCUCUAUUUUAUUAUUAGCUCGCUUGGUUCUGGCAGCGGGGCUUUUUCUCAGCGGCGGCCACUUUUGCGUUGCGCAACCGAGAAGCCUGCGCGCAUUGGGAUCUCAGGUUCAGGGGGAGUCGAGCGGACGGAGCCGCUCACCGCACCGUAGGUCGAUGCCUCUCUAAUUGAAGCCCACGCCGUUGUGAUAGCGCGGCUCCGUUUCUCCGCGUUGCAAAUGUUCAAGACGGCCAAUUACCCGGCGGUGCACGCCGCUCCCGCCGUCAUGCACGGCCCGUGGUUCGCCAGCGCCGGGUGCCGAGAGAGCGCGCCCGUGGCCGCGGAGAAGCCCAGGAAAAAGCCGUUCAGCCUGGUCAAAAUCAUGUCUCUCGGCGGCGACAAGAAGGGGCACGGCCAGCAUCCGCACCACCACCACAACAACAACAUGCCCUUCGCGAUUCACUGCCACAUCGGGAAGGAGAUCAAGCACAUUUGCAGCAACUGCAGCCGCGGGAACGACACGCAGGACGCCGAGGAAGUAGAGAGGCUGGCCGCCAUGCGCUCCGAGUCCCUGAUGUCCGGCACCCACACGCCGCCCAUUCGGCACCGCAGCAAAUUCGCCACCCUGGGGCGUCUCCUCAAGCCCUGGAAGUGGAGGAAGAAGAAAAGCGAGAAGUUCAAGCAGACGUCUGCAGCUUUGGAGCGGAAGAUGUCCGUGCGACAGAGUAGAGAUGAGUUGAUCAAGAGAGGAGUGUUGAAGGAAAUCUUUGAAAAAGCAACAGUCGAGUUCCGAUCUUCGAUGGACAGCGGCGUCUGCACUCAGGAGCCCUCCAUUAAGUCCUCCAUGGUCGUGCCCACCAAGAAAUCCGUCACCUACGCCGGCGACCUUCAGGACACCCCCGCCAAGCCGCCGCUGUACCACAAGCAGCCCCCCGCUCUCCCCCCAAAGCCUUUCUCAAGGAUCCAUAGCACAGAUUCUUGCCAGCCUAUGAAGUUGCCCUGCAUGCCGGGCGGGAAGCAUUCCCCCCCUCUGCCCCCCAAGAAGGUGAUGAUCUGCGUGCCCCCGGGGGGGCUGGACUCCUCCGCGUCGCCGUCGCCGUCCCCCAACCCUCUCGGCGCUCUGUCCCAGAAGUGCGGCCCGCCCCACCACGGCACCCUGCUGCCCUCGCAGCUCGCCGGCCUGUCCGGCCUGCACCAGGGCCACGGGCACCCGCUCCAGCUCCAGUACGGCAGCCUGCACGCGCCCAGCCGCAUCAUCGAGGAGCUCAAUAAGACCCUGGCGCUCUCCAUGCAGAGGUUCGAAAGCUCUGCCCUGCACAGCGGUGGCCAGUGUUUGCCCCUGGACAGACGAGAAGUGCCGUCCGUGAUCAUCGACUACGAGGACGAUAAGGAGAACAUGCCCAACGAGUCGGACUACGAGGACCUGCCCAGCAUGUACAAGGACGAGGACGACGACGUGGACGACGACGAGGACGACGACGAAGAUGACGACUCCAUAUUUACAAGCACCCUGGCCCAGAAGGUGCUGAGGAAAGACUCUCUGGCCAUCAAGCUGAGUAACCGUCCAUCCAAGAGAGAGCUGGAGGAGAAAAACAUCCUCCCCAUGCAGACCGAUGAGGAGAGGCUGGAGUCCAGGCAGCAGAUUGGCACCAAGCUCACGAGGCGGCUGAGUCAGAGGCCCACAGCGGAGGAGCUGGAGCAGAGGAACAUCCUCAAACCUCGCAACGAGCAGGAGGAAAUGGAGGAGAAGAGGGAGAUAAAGCGAAGGCUAACGCGCAAGCUGAGCCAGAGGCCCACGGUGGAGGAGCUGAGGCAGGCCAAGAUUCUGAUCCGAUUCAGCGACUACGUGGAGGUGUCCGACGCCCAGGACUACGACCGGCGCGCGGACAAACCCUGGACCCGGCUCACGGCGGCCGACAAGGCCACUAUAAGGAAGGAGCUCAACGAUUUCAAGAGCAACGAGAUGGAGGUCCACGAGUCGAGUCGCCAUUUAACCAGGUUUCACAGACCAUAGUAGACCAUCACUGUCUCGAGCAGUGCCGGACUGGCGCGCUCCCCCACUGAGAACCUUAAGUGCUGGACAGUAAAAUGGUGCCCGUUUCUAUAAUAAGGCCAUGUCUUCUGAGAUGCCUUUUCAAGACCCACACGACCGAGUCGGUACUAGACCGCGAGACGCGGCGCCCCUCCACACCAUUCACUGUAGUAGCACACGAAGACUCCGGCUGGCUCGCGUCGCACCCCUGUGGAAUUCUGCCCGACCGUCUCAGAACCUCCCUCCCGGGCUCGCGGGCGGGCGCUCGGCCCUGUGGCGGCGUUGUACAGCAGGAGGGUUGUUCCUUUGUUCAGUUUCAUUUUUCGAUUCGCUAUCGACUGACGGGGGGGGACUUGUCUCCAGCGGACACGUCUCCAUCCUUUCUGUUAGCGAAGCUGCCACUCCGGACUCGGCCGGCGCUGGUGGACACCCUCGGUGCAAGGAUGCUGGGUAGAUUGCUCUGAGCUCGCUGUAUCAACAGGAAAUCCAUUUUUACUGCACCUGCUGGGACUUUGGAAGGAGCGCAGGACACAGGAUGGAGGAAGGGUUCCAACUGUACAAUCAGUGUAGUGCAGUAUUUUUUUUCUUUUGCUUUAGCGCCCCCUGGAGUCCCGUCGGAGUCAUUACUGCCCAGUCCUGACUCCAGACCUUUCCUCUUUACUGUUCGUGCAAUUCCCACCGUACCGACAACGUUGACAUUUAAUUGCUAACUGUGAAUCUGGGAGUUCGGGCGCGGCCUGCACUCUCUCCAAAUGUACAUUUUGUUCAUACUAAAGAAAGUAGGGUCCAUUUGAAAAAGAACCACGCUCGACCAAGUUUUGUCAAAGUCACACACUUAUGAAUUUAAUGUAAAGAUUGCAGCUGGCAGAUAUCUUCUGGUUCCAGUAUGUGCAAAACCAAGUUGUUUUUUUUUUUAUUGUUUAGUCCAUUUUGAAUUGCUUUUGAUCGAGGCACUUCUCUUCACCUCCAUGUCUUUGCACGUCUAGCUGCUGAAUUUUAAAACAGAAAAGCCAAGAGGUUGAAUCGCCACAUUAUUUCUAUAUAUAUAUAUAUAUAUAUAUAUAUAUAUAUAUAUAUAUAUAUAUAUAUAUAUAUAUAUAUAUAUAUAUAUAUAUAUAUAUAUAUAUAUAUUUUUUUUUUUUGCAGCGUGUUUAAUGCUCUUUGCUCAUUAUCUGUGUUGUAUUAUACACUUUACUUUUAUACUUGGGUCAUUAUAUGCUUUUAAGCAAUAUCUGUUGUUUGUAGCGAGAAGGUGCAACUGGAGCUGUGUCCCCGCCAUUUUUUACUGUGCUUAUACACUAUGCCUCACUUCAGGGUUUUAAUUUUUUGAUAUGUGCUUUUCUUUAUGGAAGCUUUAUUCAGGAGGACUUUUUCAACACUUUUCUUGACUGAGCCUAAAUAUUUGACCUUUUGACUUAUGCAUUCAGCAAAGAUCUGAUUCACUUCUCGACUUGUAAUUGAACAUGAUGAUGCAUCAUCAACAUAAAAAGAAAACCAAAAAAAAAGGAGUGUUAAUUUUAGAGGAGCGGUUGAGUCAGGAUUUUAAAGUUUUUAUUGUUGAAAAUUCUUUGCGGUGUUUUAUGGUCAGGGCCCGAGUAUGUAAAAGGUUGUUGGAGUUCCGAUUCGUAACCAGUUUGUCUCUUCAAUUUAACACUUGUCACACGGUCACUGGUCCUGCACCUGUAUUUCAAUGCUCAUGAGCUUUAUGUACACAGAAUAUUUUUAUUCUUUUUUUACUGUAUUACUUUUAAAGUUGCAAUAUGAUAUACUUACAUGACAGAUGCAGGCAGGAGCGGUCAGAGGUUUCUAGCUCCUGACUAGAGUGCUUUCUGCAAUGAAAAAUGUGCUCUCCCGUAUUUUCAAGGUCUCGUUCGCUGAUGGAUGGAUGAGCCCUUUAAAAGCUGAGACCCAAGAGCAAAAUUGUUUUGCCCUUUUGGUUUUUAUGUGAAAUAAUGACGAUUUGUUACGUUUUAGAGCAGCUCUCUUCAGAAUCGUUACACAACGCGUGUGAAAAUCAAGAUUUACAGUACUUGGGUCAUCUAAUCUCAGAGGCUUUUAAUAUAUGGUAUUUUGUCUUAGAAACGGUUUCUGUAGAACUCCAACAUCAUUCCUUUAUUUCCAUUUAUAGGUCUAGUAAAAUACAUCCUUAUGGAUUCAAUCUGUACAAAUACACUCCAGUUCUAAUUUUCAAGUCUUAAAAACAACCUGAGCCACUGGGCUAAGCAUGAUUUUUGCAAUUUUGCUGGAAUCAAGGAACAUGAAUUCAGCAAUAAUCUGUUUUGCUUUACAUGUGAUGGAGCAACUGAACAAACUUAGUUCCUUUUUUUGUUUUUUUCAUUUUUGAAGUACAGAAUACCAUGUAAAGGAUACAUCAUGCCAAUUAAAUAACAUUUCUGAAUGCA